AUGUCAUCACAACGAGGCUUCCCCUUCCUGGGCGGAUUCUUCGGCGCCUUCAAGACUCCUCGCGCAAUCCAAACAACAAGCAAAGCCGCCUCCACAGUAACCUCAACCUCAACCUCGACAUCCCCUUCACAAACCCACUCCUCGCCCUCCCAACCCCGCUCUAUAACCACAACCACAACCUCAAAAGGCAGCACGAGUUCCGCCCUCUCCGCUCUCCACUCACCUCGAGCACAGGGUGCAUCGCCGUUAUCACGAUCCCCAGGUCCUGACUCACAAAAGACGGCAUCGAGAUAUGUGGCUGGAAAAACGAACAGAAGGGGGAGUGAUAGUAGCAGCGAGGGAUUCAGAGAUGUUCUGGGACAGGAGAAGUGGUAUGUGGGUGGCAAGACAGCAUCAGGAGAAGAGCGAUAUUUCAAACUGGGAGUAGUGAGACGGCAGAGGAGUGGUGAUCGGUUGAGUUUGGAUCAGCUUAGUUUGUGA